AUGUCGCCAGCAACUAGUCAAGCCGGCGACGCUCCGCCUCUUGUAAAGGACCCCGUGGACCCAUCUCCACCCUCUCAAGACGAUGACUUAAUUAACCCUUUAGGCCCUGCAAAAAUAAAAUCUGUUCAAGAUGAACUUGCUGCUGAUUAUAAACUUCUCAUGUCUUUAUACGCCUCUGCUCAUGUCUCGAGAACUACACUAGUUUUAAAUUCACUUAAACGUGACUCAACUCCAGCAUCUCUUUCUGCAGCAGCUUCCGCAGCAGGUGCCAGUCCAGAUAUUAUGGCUCAAUAUGAUUCGGUCCACGCUUCGCGUGUCGCAUAUCUAGACGCCAUGCGCAAGUACCGUAUAGAUAUGAUUUCGAAAACUACACGAGGAGAACGCUCAAAUAUUUGGGUCCGCUUUCACGACGCUAUGGCCCGUCUCCGUCAGUCCAUGAUUGAUAAAACUAACCGCCAAAUCUCCGCCAUUAACUAUGAAUAUUCGCGUGCCAAUUUAACAACACUCUCCUACUCCUAUGACAAGGAUAAGUCGGGGAAAAUCUACCACAAUACAGACUACCCCCAUAAUAAAGGCUCUUCCUUUGUUUGCUCACAAGAAGCCCGCAUCACAGCAAUGCAACACAUUGCUGCAAACAUUUUGAAAACUCCAGUCCCGGCAAGUCUCACCGAAGAACAAGCCGACCAGGAUAUCGCAAGUCUUCGCAUUCUCACAGGGAAAAUUGUUGAAUUUAAUGAUGAAGAAGGAGAAGAUGAUGAUAAUAUUAUUAUUAAUAACAAUAAUAAUCAUAGCAAUAAUAUUAAUAUUAAUAAUAAUAGUAAUAAUAACUUGCUCCCACAGUUAGUAGAGGCUACUCUAGCAUCAAAAGAUUCAAGUAGUGAUGAUGAUGAAGAAGAUGCUGAUGAACUUUCUGAAAAUGAAAAUGUUGAUACCUCUCGCAUACCCCUUGAAGAUGUUGCACCCGUCUCUUCUUCUUCUCCACCAUCACAACUACCUCCACAACCACCUCCACAACCACCAUCGAUUCCUCCAUUCCCUAAAAAGCAAGUGCGCACUCGCGGCAAAUCCCGUCGCAAUAAGUCGGUAGAACCUCUUUCUGCUCCUUCUUCUCCUCCUAGGGGGACUAAACGCUCUGCAGAACCACUUUCAGAUACCCCAAUGAUUGUUCAAAUCCAACACCAUGAUAAUUUGGUUUCUCAGGAACAAAAAUCACAAUCUCAGUCUUCCCAAGCUUCAAACAUUUCUCAUCAGCCACCCCCAACUAAACAAUUAUCAUCUCCUAUUCCUUCUCCAUUGGUGGUACCAGUAUCUGUCCCGGUUGCUGCUCCCAUACCUCCUCUGACUGCCGCUCUUCCAGCCGCUACUCCUUCUACUGCCCCUACUGCUCCUUCCACUCAAAAUGCUACUGCUUCUACUACUGCUCCUCCUCCACAAAAGAAAACUCGUCGUGGCCGUAUUCCCAAAUCUCAAAAAGUUUACAGCUCAACCGUGCCAUUACCACCAGUCCCAGGACAAAACAUUCAUACAAUUGCCUCUAGCAGAGACUUGGUUAGUGCCAUGGCUGACCGUGACGAAAACAAGGCGCGGGUCGCAAAACAAGUUGCAUCUGCAGCUGCAGCUGCCGCCGCAUCAACCCCAGCUAUUAUUCAUCGCAACGGGUCAAAUCAAGUACCCAUAACACAACAACAACAACAGCAACAGCAGCAACAGCAGCAACAACACCCUCAAGUACAUCUUCCUCCAAUUUCCCCAGGAAGACUUUCUCCUAAAUACCCAUAUGCUCAGCAGCCACCACCUCAUCAUCAAUCUCUUCCACAUUUAAAUUUUGCUGGCCGACCGCGGUCCCCAGGACCUAUGGAGAAUCAACAACCACUGUCGCCAUAUAGACGACGCGAAGACACUGAAUGGGAACGUACUGAUCGUGACCGCCGCAGCGUGUUUGACCCUGUGCGCAAUACCUCUACAACGGCUCUUCCUUCCUUUCACAGUUCAUCGUCAGCACCAAGCCCAGCACUUCCAAUGCCGCUUAAUCUUCAGAAACAAUCUUCAUCUCCGUCGUAUAAUCAUAGACACCUUCAUCCACCACCGCAGCAACAACACACGCAGCCAUCACCUUUGUUGCAUCAUCAACAUGCCCCACAAAUUCCCCAGCAUCCACAUCAACAACAACAAUCAUAUCAUGGAUACCCAGGCCAGCAGCAGCAGCAGCCUUCACAUGGAAUGUCAUCUGGGUUGGGUCCACUACAACCCCCAUCAGGGCCUCACUAUCUCACACAGCCAUAUCCCACCCCUUCGAACUCAUCUUCAUCUUCAUCAUCUGCUGGUGGUGGGGGUAACGGUCCAUCUGCAUCAUCUUCCUCAUCUUCUUCAGGUUACCGGUACCCGCGUAGCUCAAUUCCUCCACCACAACAGUCACCUCGGGCACAACAUACUGCAUCAUCACCUCCAUACUACUCAUCACCAAAUCAACCCCCACCGUUGCAGCUCCCCCCACCACCUCAACACUCUCACCCACAUAUGUCAUAUGGAGGAUACCCGCCGCCAGGACACAUGCCACCACCGCCGCCGCCACCAAUGGGUGCUACAGGAAGCAAUUCUGGAGGUAACGGGAAUGGUAGUGGUGGCAGUCCAAGGGGGGGAGGCAGUUAUGGCAGUUUACCCAAGGGGUAUGGUGGCCCGUCAGUAUCGCCGCCUAUGGUUUCUUCAGGUCACCCAUACUAUUAUGGCCAACAAGGUGCCGCUACCACAUCCACCGGGCCUGGACAUGCUGCAGGUGCUCCAUACCAUGGUGGACCACCUCCACCACCUGUAGUUGGAGCUGGUGGUGCUCCAGGAUAUUCGCCGCCAAUGAGUCAUGCUACAGGUCCUGGGAAUCGGUAUGCAGGACUGCCGCCGCCACCGCCGCAAAGUCUUAGCGGUCCCCCUGGGCCUCCCCAACAUCAUUAUGGACACCCGGGAGGAUACGGUCCGCCACAACCACCAGGCUUACCUAGACCCCCUGGAUACCCCCCGUACCAUCAUCAGUACGAUUAA